CUAACGGGUGAGUGCAUAUCACAAAGGUUUUGAACAUGAAAGCAGAUCUUAUUGUCCCUAUUAGGUGGAUUCUUUAUCUGAAUCUGGUGCAAAUCUAGUGAUGACGAGGGAUAUGAAAAUAGCUCAUUCAGAUUGACUCUCUCUCGUAGAAACACAGACACUCUCAUGGAGUUUGAAGCUUACAACCGUCUCCAGGCGGCUGCGGUUGCUUUCGGGGAAACACUUCCCAUUCCGGAGAUUGUAGCGAUCGGUGGCCAAUCAGACGGCAAGAGCUCACUGCUGGAAGGGCUUCUAGGGUUUCGGUUCAACGUGCGAGACGUGGAGAUGGGGACGCGCCGUCCUCUGAUUGUCCAGAUGGUGCAUGACGUUUCAGCAUUAGAGCCACGGUGUAGUUUCCAGGAUGAAGACUCUGAAGAGUACGGAAACCCUAUUGUUUCGGCCACAGCCGUUGCUGAUGUGAUUAGGUCUAGAACAGAGGCGCUUUUGAGGAAGACGAAGACUGCAGUUUCGCCAAAGCCGAUUGUGAUGAGAGCUGAGUAUGCUCAUUCUCCCAAUCUCACUAUCAUCGAUACUCCUGGCUUUGUUCUCAAGGCGAAGAUAGGGGAGCCUGAAACCACACCUGAUGAGAUUCUAUCGAUGGUGAAGUCACUGGCUUCUCCUCCACAUCGCAUUAUCUUGUUCCUUCAGCAGAGCAGUGUAGAGUGGUGCUCUUCUUUGUGGCUGGAUGCAGUUCGCGAGAUUGAUUCAAGCUUCAGGAGGACAAUCGUUGUUGUCUCUAAGUUUGAUAACCGCCUCAAGGAGUUUAAUGAUCGUGGUGAAGUUGAUCGUUAUCUCAGUGCUAGUGGGUACCUCGGGGAGGACACUCGUCCUUACUUUGUGGCGUUGCCGAAAGACGGGAACACUGUCUCAAACCAUGAGUUUCGUCGACAGAUAUCUCAAAUGGACACGGAUGUUAUAAGGCAUUUACGAGAGGGAGUUAAGGGAGGUUUUGAUGAAGAAAAGUUUCGCUCUCAUAUUGGUUUUGGUUCGUUAAGAGAUUUCUUACAGUCUGAGCUUCAGAAGAGGUACACGGACGCUGCUCCAGCAACACUAGCUUUGCUCCAACAGCGCUGCUCUGAGGUAUCUGAUGAUGUGCGGAUAAUCGAUAUGAAGAUUCAAGCUACUUCUGAUGUUGCUCAUCUUAGAAAAGCCGCUAUGCUAUAUAUGGCCUCUCUUUGCAAUCAUGUGGGAGCUUUGAUUGAUGGAGCUGCAAAUCCAGCACCUGAGCAAUGGGGAAAAACGACUGAAGAAGAGCGUAGAGAGAGUGGCAUUGGAAGCUGGCCAAGCUGUAGAGAGAGUGACAUCAAGCCGCCCAAUGCUGUUCUUCGACUCUAUGGAGGAGCAGCCUUUGAAAGAGUCCUUCAUGAGUUCCGUUGUGCUGCCUACUCAAUCGACUGCCCUCCAAUCUCAAGAGAGAAUGUAGCUAACAUUCUGCUAGCUCAUGCUGGGCGUGGAGGUGGUAGAGGAGUAACAGAAGCUUCAGCAGAGAUUGCUCGAACCGCAGUACGCUCAUGGCUCGCUCCUCUUCUGGACACAGCCUGUGACAGGCUUGCCUUUGUGUUAGGAAGUCUCUUUGAAAUUGCUCUUGAAAGAAACCUGAACCAAAACUCAGAAUAUGAGAAUAAAGCUGAAUAUAUUGACGGAUGCGUUGGUUUUCAUGCUGCUUUACGGAAUUGUUACACUCUUUUCGUCAAGAAUCUUGCCAAACAGUGUAAGCAACUCGUAAGGCACCAUCUCGAUUCUGUGACCAGCCCAUACUCCAUGGCGUGCUAUGAGAUGGACUACCACCAAGGAGGAGCUUUUGGUUCUUAUUACAUCGAGCUCUCUGAUACAGGGCGUGAUGAGCCAAUGAAAGAUAAAGAAAACACACCUUCUGAGAAGAGUAAGAAGGCCCAGGAGAUAAUAGUCCCUGAAACGCCAUCACCAGACCAACCAGGUAAGACAGGGUAUAGUUUGAUGAAGAAAGAGAUUGACAAUGGUCGUCAUCAUGAUGGUGGUGGAGCCAGAAAGGGAGUGGCGAGCGUGGGAGGAAACAGGAGCAUAGAGCCGUUUAGAAUUCAGAACGAAGGAGGUGGGCUUCUGUUUGGUAACGGAAUGAAAUCAAGAUCUGCUUACAGUGAGAUAUGUUCCUCAGCUGCACAACAGUUUGCUAGAAUGCGUGAAGUUCUAGUGGAAAGACGCGUAACGUCGACUCUAAACUCAGGGUUUCUAGCACCUUGCCGAGACAGGCUCGUGAUUGCACUUGGAGUGGAUCUGUUUGCGGUGAAUGAUGAAAAGUUCAUGGACAUGCUGGUUGCACCUGGAGCUAUUGAUGUGCUGCAAAAGGAACGUCAACAGCUUCAGAAACGUCUGGAGAUACUUCAGUCUUGCUUGUCUGAGUUCAAGACCGUGUCUCGUUCUUUGUAAGUGGUCAUUGUCCUUAAUGAUGUUUCUAUUCUAUGUAACCGGUGGAUAUUGUAACCGGUGGAUAUUGCUUUAUUUGAAGUUUGAGUUAUUUGAAAAACGAUAUGGUUGGGGUUAGAGAACAUUUUAUAUGAAGAUUAGGAAGGUUCGC